AUGCCGACCGCAAAUGAGGGAUUUCACUGGCCUUGGCAAUAUGACUUCCCACCCUUCUUUACGCUCCAACCGAAUGAGGAGACACGUCGGAAACAGAUGGAUGCCUGGUGUCAAUUAGUGUUGAGCUACUUCCAAUGCAAGAAGCAGUUCUCCGUUGAUGUAUCGUCUCUCAUGGCUUCCCAAUGCGAGCUUUUCAAUAAUUCGAAAAUCAACCGUAAAGCGAAUCCGUUGCUUAUCCAGGCCAUCUUUGACGAAUUGCACAGACGCGGCAAUUUGGAGUGGAAUGAUAGAUCGCACAAAACUGCAAGCAUACAGUGGCGGAAGGCGAGUAGUUGGGCGGCCGAUAUUGAGAAGUGGGUACGAGCGACAGGUCGAGGCAAUACGGUUUGCACUAUCUACGAGAUCACGGACGGUGAUGACACAGAGGGCGAGCCCUUCCAUGGUCUUGAUCGUGCUGUUAUCACGGAAGCACUGCGCUACCUUGAGAAGCACGGCAAAGCCGAGGUCAUGGAGGGUGGAGAGGGCGUCAAGUUUUUCAUUUAA